AUGGCUCGUACAUUUCUUGCCUGUGAUCACUGUCGCAGGUCAAAACUACGUUGUGCAUCUAAUCUUGACGAAAAGGGCGAACCAAAUGGUAAAUGCCAAAGGUGUUUAAAGCUGAGUUUAGACUGCCAGUACACUCCAAGGCCAUCACAACUCAAGAAGCAAAUACGGCGUGAAAAGUUGGCUACAAAGAUUAAACGUUCUCCAAAUACUAUGGUUUUACCGAGUAUAGAUAUCAUGAUUGAGGUUGUUAACCAAUUUUUUGAUAAUCAGUAUCAUUCAAUAUUCAAUUUUCUUCAUAAAGAGACUUACUUAAACUAUAUCAAGAGUGCAAAGUUUGGCCACCAGUUUUUCAACUAUGAUGAUCCUGCUGAUGUUCCUGAAUUUACACCAUGUACACUAUUAGCAAUAUUGGCAUUAUGUGCAAGAGAUAAUUCAAAAUUGAUUGAAAUUUAUGGUGAAUUUGAUCAAGGUAAUAACCCAAUUCAAUUCAUUCCCAACUUCAGCUCAAUCCCAUCUAAACUAACAUCACAGUCACCUUCCAAUGCAUCAAGAUAUUUUGCAUUUUAUUCCAGAUUACUACUGAAAGAUAUGUUUGAUACACCCGCUAUUCAAAGAGUCCAAUCUCUUGCAAUUCUAUCAUCACAUGAAUGGAGUGAGGGUAAUGCGGCAAGAUCAUAUUUAUAUAUCGGUAUAGCUGCACGAAUGGGUGCCAUUUUAGGAUUAGGUUGCCCCAGAGGUGUUUGUUAUGAAGAUCAAAAUAAUCAAUAUGGUAAUGAAAGAGAUCGUUUCAUUGCAAUGGAGUCAAAGAGAAGAACUAUUUGGUCGGUUUAUAUGAUGGAUCGUUGUAAUUCAAGUGGCAGAAAUAGAAGUCAUGCUUUAAAGAUAGAGGAUAUUGAAAUCAGUCUUCCUUGUCCUGAAGAGAAUUUCCAAAAAGGGAUCCCCAUCGAAUAUCCAAGUUAUAAUGAGUGUUUCACAUGUUUAAACAAGUUGACAAGUUUGGAUUUUACCAUUAUAGGGUUUGAGUUAUGGUCCAAAAUUGCUAAAUGGGUUGGUGAGAUAGGUUCUAAAAAGGAAAAAUUGAAUCCAAAUGAUCCCAACUCAAAUUUUUACAAGUUAUCAAAUGAUCUUAAACUUUUGAAAGAAUCAAUGCCUUCAGAAUUACACGUGAGCAGUCUGAAUCUUCACUUGGAGAAACAUAACUUGAAUUUUGGGUUCUUGCAUCAACUGUUGUACCUUUCUGGAAUUUUUUUGAAUCGUGAAUAUUUCUAUUAUAGCUCAAAUAUAUCUAAAAUUGACCAUUAUGAAUUUACAAAGAAAUUAAUUCAUGAAGUUCAAGAGAGUUCAAAUUUGAUAAAGACCUUGGUAUCAACCAAAAAUUUCAUUGUCACGCCCUUCACAGCAUUUGAGUUAUUUACAAAUUCAGUCACUUGUUUA